UAUUGUACUUAGGAAGCUUUGUCAGCUUUCGUCAAGUUAGUUAUCGUCUAAAAAGAGUGUAGUCAGUGACUAAACAGAGAUGAGGACAUUAAGGCCGAUCUUCUUUUCCCUUCUUAUGGCUGAAAUGGCUGUCUACGUGUGUCGUGCGUGCGCAGAAAGAAGGGUCUUCGUUGCCACUGAAGGACAUGCUCUCUCUAGUCAUGUAAUAUCAUCUCAUCAAGUUACUUCCCACCGAGACUGCCACUUCCUUUGUCUUGAGCGCAAGAGAUGUUUAUCUUACAACUAUCAAUAUUUGCCGCCUCCGUCGACUCAGCUGUGUGAACUUAACGCCGCCACAGGAAAGAUGUGUCCCCGUAACAUGAUUCAAAAAACAGGAUUCAAAUACUACGAAGACUAUAAUGCAUCUUGCGAUAGCAUUUGUCCAGAAGGUGACGCCAAUUUGACAGAUUUCCAGCUUACUUUUUCAAGCAAGGCCGUGACAAAUUACGUGAGCCUGGAUGUUCAAAGUUGUGCAGAACCGCUGACGGCUUUCACUGUGUGCUUGUGGUCGAAAAAUGUCAACAUUUCGUAUGGUGGAUGCCUUUUCAGCUACUCGCUAACAGAAGAAGCCAACGAAAUUUUAAUCUGCGACUACGUUGACCAAUUCAUUUUUGGUGUUAAAGGAGACGUAAGUGAUAUAGAUGUGCCUCAUAGUGCAAACGUAUUCCUACACAUAUGCGCCUCUUGGGAGAACGCCGCUGGAUCGUGGAAAUUUUAUUUGAACGGCUCACUUCUUCAAAGUGGCAGCGAUUUUCUGACAGAUGAAGUGAUCCCCAGUAAUGGCAUUGUUAUUCUGGGUCAGGAUCAAGAUGACUAUGGUGGAGGAUUUGAGCAGGAACAAAGCUUCGUUGGUCAAAUGCACGGGGUGAAUAUGUGGAAGAGAGCUCUGACGGCUGAGGAAAUUUAUGAAUUGUCGAAAAAUUGUUCUUAUGGAGUCGGCAAUUUCAUGAGCUGGAGCCAUUUCACAUCAAGUUUAAACGGAAAUGUGAGCCUUACAUCUCCAAUUACUUGCCACCCAUAAGGUGAUUUCCAAGUACGCAGAAGUGUUUUUGUUGAUGAUAAUAUGAUGAUAAAGUUUCCUAAACCAAUUUCGAAUACAAGUGCAAGUUAACCAAGCAUACACUUCUGUGUCGAAUAUUUUA